GUAACUGUCCUCUGAGUCCUGCGGCUCCCUCCUCUCCCCUCCCUCUCCUGUUGCUCCUUGUCAGAGAGUGGAUAACACAAAUUCGAUGUGAACAUAUUUAAGCUGAGAUAGCGCAAAAUCCCGGACGAUUUUGAAAUUCCGGCCGGUGUCUGUCGUGCCGUGAAAAGCACCCCAUCUCAAGGAGCAGUAACAGCAUCUCGCCUGUAGAUACUCCCUAGUGUGAAAACAUCAAGGAUUCAUUCAUUAUCUUCCAGAAGCUCAUAUCAGCAGACCAAUGUCUACUCUGAAUUCCAAGCUAACCAGGAGUCAGCAGAAAACAAUCUGCUCUCAGCUGGGAACUGUCAGAUUGAAGCUUCUGUAUAAGGCCAGCAUCCAUGGUUUCACUGGUGCUGCCUUCCACCAACAGUGUGACAACAACUACCCCACUGUGUCUGUGGGCUACAACUCCUCUGGUUAUGUGUUUGGAGGCUACACCAGACAAGCUUUUAAUCAGUCUGGACAGUUUGUGAAUGACGACCAGGCUUUUCUUUUCUCCCUCAGUGGAGAAAAUAUCCACAAAUAUCCAGUCACCAGUGCUCCAUAUGCUGUCAAAAUGAUCAGCAACUCAGGCCCUCACUUUGGAGAAGCAUUGGUUCUUGUCCAUGGAAGCAAACAAGUGGUCUACAGCAAUCCAGGAAAUUAUUAUAACUUUACUGCUGCAGAAAUGCAUGGAAAUGAUCUGAAUCUGACAGAGUGUGAAGUCUACCAGGUGGAACAAACCACCGAACUUGAGAAGCCAUGGAGGACUGUAAUCUGGGAAACUGAGAAGAGGAAUGAGCUGAUGGAGAGCAUCAUGACCUACAAGCCCACCAUCAGUUCUGUGGCACAGGCUCGAGUUUUACUCAUUGGACCAGUUGGAGCUGGAAAGUCCAGCUUCUUCAACUCCAUCAACUCUGUGUUCAGAGGCCACGUCACCAGCCAGGCCAUAUCUGGAUCCUCCGCCACCAGCCUCACCACACAGUUUCGCGCCUACUCUUUGAAAGCUGGACGACAAGGCAAACCUCUACCCAUCAUCUUGUGUGAUACCAUGGGCCUGGAGGAAAGUAAGGGGGCGGGGCUUGAUAUAGAUGACAUCAGUAAUAUUCUUAAAGGUCACCUGUCUGAUCGUUACCAGUUCAACCCGUCUGCUGCUCUGCAUUCGGACGCUCACGGUUACCGCAGGUCUCCAACUCUCAAAGACAAGAUCCACUGUGUAGCUUAUGUCAUAGAUGCUUGCAAGAUCUCCAUCAUGUCUACAAAGCUGGAAGAGAAGCUGGAUGCUGUUCGAAGAAAGGUCAACAUGAUGGGGAUUCCUCAGCUGGUUCUGCUCACUAAAGUAGACGAAGCCUGCUCUUUGGUGGGAGAAGAUGUGACAAACGUCUACAGGAGUGGCUACAUUAAGGACAUAGUGCAAGAGGUCAGUGCUCGGCUCGGUGUGCCGUUGUCCUGCAUUGUUCCAGUGAAGAACUACAGUGAAGAACUGGAGCUGGACGUCAACUGUGACAUCUUGCUGCUCAGUGCUGUCAUCCAGAUGCUUCGAUUUGUUGAUAAUUACUUUGAUGAUAUAAGUGACCAAGUGAGCAUCACUGAAACCAAAGAGUAGGAAUAUGUAAUAAGACAUUCCUAUCAAAUGCAUGUAUUGUCCUGCAUAACAUAGCUACCAGGCAGAAUGCUCUGUAACGAUGUUAAUGACGCACCUGAGUCCCGUGUUGAGGUAUUGACCCAGCCUCCGGCAUUCUGUUUGUCAGUCUGACGGUACAUGUAGUGAGGGAUGCAAUCAUUUGAAAUUUCUUUUUUUUGACAGGUUCUUUUCUGAUUAUGCAGUAAUGAAUAGCAGGAAAAUUUAAUGUUUUAUUUGUGUUUGUUUCUGAAUUUGUUUGGGGGUUUGUUUCAUGGAGACAUGAUAACGUUAUGUUUUUAAUUUUGCUUUACUAUGCUGAAAGGCUUAAUAGAUAGCCUAUGCCUAUUUUAAGCACUUUAUCCCUAUAACAGGUAAACAAGUCAGGUGCUAAAUACAUAUAUAAGCAUAUGCACUGAAUAAAAAGUUCUAUUAUUUGAUCAGUUGUUAGAAUCCUGCAUUCUUUUGGGAUCAGGAUAAUCCUGUUUUUUUGGAUCAAAGUUAUCUGGAUUCUACUCCAAAGUUUUGAACAACCCAAACUGAGGGUUUUAUCUGGAUUACAACCAGGAUUGGAUUACUUGAUCCAAGUGGAUUUUGGAGUGCAGAUUUCCCUUUUGAACAACUCAUUUUCAAGAUUUGAUCCUGUCUGAUAACCAAAAUCCGAUUGGAUUACGUUUGAACAACCAGCGCAUAAGAAUACCAUCUAAAUCCUUAUCAUACCACUUAUGAUUUAAACCUGUUUGAAAUGAUAAUAGUCAAAACAUACAUUAUGUAAUGUAGGUUUAUUUAUUUUAUUUAUCUGUAAUUGCUAUUAUCUUUGGGAUUGUAGUUCGCUUAGUUUAGUAUAAGUAUAAUCCUGAUGAUGUAGGCCCUCUGUGUAUUUACAAGCCGUUUUAUGUGCAUUUCAUUUAUCAAAAUGAUUCUGUGAAAUUUUAUUAUAAUUUAUUAGCAUAAUGAGUUGUUCCAGCUGUGUGACAACACUUCUCAGAGAUAUGUCUUUUGUUUUGAUUCCUGCAUAUGAAUAAUGCUACAGUCACUGUUUAUACUUUAACAACUUUAUAAAGUUUGUCUGAUUUGUCCAUUCAACAUUUUAUUUUAUCUACUGUAUAUUUAUCCUCUAAUUCAAUUUGUGUCUGUAACAAUCAAAAUCCAGCAGAGGAAAAAAACUCCACAAAGAUUUAGAUUAACUGUGUUAAAAUGAAGAAUUAAAUCUCCAUAGUUG